CAAUCACGAUACACGACAGAGUUAAACAAAGUGUCUGAGUUUAGAGAAAUGAUCAUCUUGUGUAGAGAACAAAGUAAACAUGUUAAAGCUGCUUUGUUUAGUGAUGUGUAAACUGUUCAGAAAGGCUGAAAUGGAGCUGCUCGUCCUCCUGAUCUUCUUCCAUCUGAUUCUGGACAUUAACUCUCAAAAUCUUCCUCAGCCCCGGCUCUCUGUGUCUCCUGAAGUUAUCACACAGAGAGGAUCAGUGCAGCUUCACUGUCAUGUUCCAGACCAUGUUAAAGUGUAUCAAUGUUCUUUCUACCCAGAGACACAAAACACAAAUCUAAAAAACUCUCCAUCGUGUCAGCUCUCAGUCACUGGUUCUGAACUGAUCAGAUGGACAGGACACAGAUCUCCUAAAGCACUUCGUAUUAUUUGUUUCUACGCUCUGGAUAAAACAGUUCGUACUCCUUCUCCUCACUCUCUCCCAGCUCCAGUCACAGUGCUGUAUCAGAAACCGAUACUAAGUGUCAAUUAUGAUAAUCAUACUGAUGAAUUCAGACUUUCAUGUGAAAUACCAGAGUCAGAGUCAGUAACUGCUGAUGUUAGCUGUAAUCUCUACACUGGAGAAAAUCCUCAGCCUUAUCGAAAAAUCCGAAGGUCUAAAACGAGAAAUUCUGGGAGAUUUUCUUGUAUUUUUGAAGUACAGAGAAAUGAUAUGUUUAAUGUUCUGCAGUCAGUAAAGAGCAGUGAAGUGAGCUGUGAUUAUUCACUGAGCUCUGACUCGACUGCUCGCUCUCUAAUGAGUGAUAAAUACAAUCUGAUACCUUUUUUCCCUACACCGACACAGAUGUCUACCACUGUAACAUCUACUGCAGGUUUAUUUUCUACACUGACACAGACGUCUACAACUGAAACGUCUACAGGUUUAUUUCCCUCACCGAAACAGACGUCUACAACUGAAACAUCUGCAGGUUCAUUUCCUACAAUAACACAGACAUCUACAACUGAAACCUUCACUACAGCUUCUCCAGUUUCUACAACUGAUCUGAUCACCACAAAGUACAUAACGACUCAGACAUCUACUGCAAGAUCUCCUGAGAACCCGCAGGUUUCAUCCCUCUGGACGAUUGGAGCAGUGUGUUUGCUUGUGUCUGGAGCUUUACUGACUGGAUUCAGUAUCUUCAUCUUCCUCAGGACCGACAGAAGAGGAAGAUUUAAAGACCCUGUUGAGGUUUACACACAUGUGAUCUACACACUCUCCUCUCAGCAGCUCUCAGAAGAAACUCGGCUCCUUUCAGCUUCUUCUGAAUGAUGGACACCGAUCAGGACGCGCUGCUUCUCGUCUGUGCUUCAUUUCAUUUCAAGUCUCUGCUUAAUGAAUUCAUCUCAAUUAGCUUCCACUUGUUCACUGUAUCGAUAGACAAAAGUUCAGAUGAUCUGAUUAUGAUCGUGAUGAUGUUAAAUAUUUGUUAGAUAUAUUUGGAUAGGUUUGUAGACCUCAAUGCUCCAUACAGAAUGAAAUGAUUACACUGAUUCUUUUUUAUCGUUCAUAUCCACAACUAAAAAGUAGGAAUAAACUUUUAGAUUUGAACCUUUUCAUGUGUUUUGCACUGUCUGUAAAAUGAUGAGCAGUAAAUCUAUGAACUAUCAGUCAGAGACACUGGCAGUGACCCGAGUCAACUACAGGAUCUCUGGGUCCAGUGGUGUUGUGAUUGUGGGGCUUCAGGGGAUUUAAACCCCUCAUGUACUGUCACCAUCCUCUGGGCUUUUUAAGACUGGAAACGUUUUACACCACAAAUAAAGUACCAGAUUUACCAGUACAAGAAACCGUCUGUCCGUCAGCGUUCAUUUGACACGUUUUUUCAGUUAUACGCUGUUUUAAAAGUUACGUGACGAGCAGUUAAACAGAACAGAACAGUGACCUGUUGUAUGU